GAGCCUAGCACCACGGUCUUCGUGGAGUACCCCGGCUACCCUGGCAACCUUCCUCUCACGUCUGGAGGAGUCAAGGCCUUUGCAGCUGACUUUUUAGAAGGGAGGGUGGAGUCGGACGAUCAAACUCAGACGUUGAGCUGGCUUUUCACACAAGGGGUGGACCCUGGUUGCACGGGACCCUGCAGUGCCACGAACUGCUGCACUGUUGCCAUCCACGAGGGCAUGGACUGUUCAAGUGAUGCGUCUAUCGGUGACCCCUAUUGGAACAAACAGCUCGUCUCGACAAACCCUUGGCAGGAUGCAAAGUAUGUGAUCCAGGGCUCCUUGCCGACAGCAGCGAAUGACGUCUCUGUGACCUCCGGCUUUGGAGCUGCGCAGAUCAACGGUCGGGCUGCGGUGGUUUAUGAUUCCGCUGGAGUUCGCGUAGGCUGCGCCACCAUCACGGUCGCCAAGAAGCAGAAGAAGGAGCUCAUCAACGGUGCCAUCGACAAGCUGAACAUGGCUGUGGACCAGCUCAUGGAUCACAUCAAGGAUGCCAUUGAGGAUUUGGCUGAGGCUGCGAACAAGAGCCACCACUACGGG